CUUGACUUUGACUUCUUAGUGUCCUUGCUCACUUGCACAUUACUCCUUGUCACUUCCGGCUUUCUGUGUCAUCGUCAACCCUGGGCACUCCGAAGGGAAAUGGCGACCGCAAUCUCCGACAAGAUCUACAGAUUCUGCACAAAUCCUGCAAGCAUAUCAUCUGAGCUCGCGAAGCAUCCAUCUCAAGAGCCUGCGCAUCUUGCUGAUACGCUUUACGGAGGAGGACAUCUGGCCAUUACCAAACACAAGUCUCAUUCCCGACAACCCGCGAGUCCAGCAGAAAUCCAGCGCGCUCGAGAGUGCGGCAACUGGGGCGACAGUGAACCAAGCGAACUUUUCCUACAGUGCUACCAUGCUGCUCUCUGCUCGCUCGAACACGAUCCACUGGCUGGUAUGGUGAGCCCUAGUCUUAUGGGUAGCAAUGGAGUCCUUCCAAUCACAGUCGUUGCGCCAGUGCCUGACAUCUGUCGCCACAUGGCGAACCUUAUCGUCCGGGCGGAAAAGGAAGUCUUUCUGGCAACAAACUUUUGGGUUGCUUCCGGUGCGGCAUCUAUCAUUACAGACGCCAUUAAGGAGCUUUCAAGACGUGCUGGCGAGCGUGGAAAAAGAGUUGUUGUCAAGAUCAUGUAUGAUCGCGGAAACAUCAAGCAAGUCAUCGACAAUCACCAGAUGAUGUCGCCGAAGCAGUACACUGCAAAGGCUGUAAGACUGCCAGCCCCUGAAGAGAUACCGCACAUCGACAUGGAAGUGCAGAGCUACCACCGACCGAUGCUGGGAACAUUCCACUCUAAGUUCAUGGUCGUUGAUCGUAGGAUGGCUGUUGUGCAGAGCAACAAUAUCCAGGAUAACGACAACUUAGAAAUGAUGACGCACAUCGAGGGCGAGAUCGUGAACUCGAUCUACGACACUGCACUGAUCUCCUGGGCGAGGCACCUCAACCCUCCACUACCAUCCCUAAACAGCCGAGCGAGCAAUACGCAUAUAGCAAUGUUUCACGAUCCCUCUUUUCGAGGCCUCUUCGACGAAAAGGGGAGUCUACGAGUGCGACAAGACAGUCUUCUGAAAAGAGAUCGUGAUAGCAGGAACCAGAACUUCCCCCUACCAGAUCACAAGAACAGAUCCAAUGACCCAGACGUUGGAGUUGAAAUCGAGCGUAUGCAAGCAGUGCUUUUACCGGGCGAUGGGGAGACGCAGCUGGACGCAAUUACAAGACAUCUCAAUCUCGCAACGAAGCUAGAUCGCAAAGGCACAGCGCCAGAAUGCAAUCCAGAAGACGGCAUGAUACCAAUACAUCCACACAAACCCCACGCCCCGUUCCCCAUGGCACUCGUCAAUCGAAGACCAUGGGGUGCUCCGAACCACGAAUGCGUCAACGUACCGCAGAACGAAGCUUGGUUGGCAGCCAUUCGAAAUGCUCAGAGAAAGAUAUUUAUCCAAACGCCGAACCUGAAUGCUUCGCCACUGUUACCUGCACUUCGAGAAGCAGCUUGUCGUGGCAUCCAAGUCACAUACUAUGUCUGCAUGGGCUACAACGAUGCUGGCGAACUUCUCCCUUUCCAGGGCGGCAAUAACGAAAUGGUUGCAAAUGAGAUAUAUUCGAGCAUGGACGAAGAGCACAGGAAGAACAUGCGCAUUCAUUACUACGUGGCCAAGGAUCAGGUGAUGCCUAUUCACAACAAGUUCAAGGCAAGGAGUUGUCACAUCAAACUUAUGAUCGUCGAUGAACAUGUUGGCAUCCAAGGUAAUGGCAAUCAAGACACGCAGUCAUGGUUCCACUCGAUGGAGGUCAACAUCAUGAUCGAUUCGCACGAAGUAUGCAAAGACUGGCUAGAACAACUUCGGAGAAAUCAAAAUACCCAUCUUUAUGGACUAGCAUCACAAGAGGAUGGGAUAUGGAGAGACGAGGAUGGCAAGGAGGUUGAAGGCGCAAUUGGUAAAGACCCGGGCAAGUUUUCUUGGGUCAAGGGCUUCGUUGGCGCUGUCCAACGCGUGAGAGGGGCCGGCGAGUUUUGA